CCGUGCGAUUUACUUUCGAAUACAAUACGAGGCAAGAUGGAGGAGCCACGGUACGAAUACACGAAGCCUAGGUCAAAAUUUGGAAAACGCUGUAACUUUUCCAAUUACGAUUCGAUUGACGUAAAUAUGCUCUCGGAAGCUGCGGCUCAGGCUGAACAUUUUAAAAGAAUAGAUCCCAUCACCGAAGGUACCCAAUUAAGCAAGUUGUACGGUUUGCACACGAAUAAUACAGCAACGGCAACCUACGAAGAAGAUGGAAUGCAUCACGUCGAAGGUGGCUGGCCAAAGGACAUAAACCCGCACGACCAGGAACAGACCGUCCGAUAUCGCAGGAAGAUCGAGAAGGAUGAAUUAUUCGUCCAUACGAUGCAACACCUGAUGCCUCCAAUGGAACACACGAUCCUGCAGAACAAUGCCUCCGACAUAUACGAGCAUUAUUUCACCGACAGUGCCCCAGCUUCGCUCGUUCAGCGCAGAUCUUGCAGAACGGUGAACGUUUAUCGAGACUUGGUGCCGAUCAAAAGACCGGUUACUCAUCUUUCCUGGUCCCCGGACCAAGGAGUUAGACUGGCAGUGAGCUACUGCCACACGGACUUCGAGAGGCCAAUCAAUUGCAGCCCCGUGUCCUACAUUUGGGACGUAGAGAGCCCGAACAAUCCUUUCGUUACGCUGCGACCACUCUGUCCGGCUCUGGCGACCGAGUACAACCCUAAAGAUGGGAACUCCCUGGUCAGCGGACUGAUGUCCGGCCAGGUGGCUCUCUGGGACGUGAGACGGGGUGCUCUUCCCAUCGAAAGGACCCCUCUCGAGACCAGCCACAGGGACCCGUGCAACAAGGUGCUCUGGAUAAAUGCCAAAACCGGAACGGAAUUGUUCAGCGCCUCCAAGGAUGGUCAGAUCAAGUGGUGGGACACCCGGAAGAUGAAGUCGCCUACCGAGACCUUGGUCAUGGACCUGGUGAAGCCCGAAGAGCAGGACGUCGCCAGGGCGACCGGGAUUUCCUCUCUUCACUUCGAGCCCACCAUGGGGUCUCGUUUUCUGUGUGGCCUUGAAAAUGGAAUCGUCGUCUCUGGAAAUCGCAAAGGCAAGACACCCGGGGAACAGAUGGCGGUCAGGUUUCGAGCACAGCAUGGACCGGUGGUAGCUAUCGAGAGGAAUCCGACUUUCGUGAAGAACUUCUUCACGGUCGGGGACUGGACGGUCAGGAUCUGGUCGGACGAGUGCAGGGAGUCCUGCAUAGCUUGGACCCCCGGUCACAGAGACGCCCCAACGGGAGGCUCGUGGAGCGCAACGCGUUAUUCCGUCUUCUACGUCUCCAAAGCUGACGGAAGUCUCGACGCGUGGGACUUCCUCGUUCAGCAGGACUCCCCGAUUCUUAGCGUCAAGGUUUGCGAUGAUCCCCUUACGUACGUAAGAUCUCACGAACAUGGACAGCUGAUCGCAGUUGCGAGUAAGAACGGGACUACGUACAUGCUCGAGUUCUCGGAAGCAUUUGUGGCCAACCAACGCUCCGACAAAUUUCUUUUCACUGCGCUUCUCGAUAGGGAGACUCGUCGCGAGAAGGUGAUCGAGGCUAAAAACCGAGAAAUUAGGCUCAAAAUGAAGGCGGUGCGACCUUCCGAUGCAGCAACCGCUGGUGGAGCGGAAUCGGAUCAAGCUAGAGCCGAUCUUCGGAACUGUAACCCUAAACUGGAUCCUCUCGUGGAGCAAUAUGAACAAGAUUAUGAGACCGCUGUCCACGAGGAGAUCACCAGGAGAAUGUCUCUCGAGAAUUCGGAGGUGAACAAUAACGAGCCGCAGAAUGCAACGUGGACCGGAAACCGAGAAAUCUAGAUUACUUGAAUUUUUUUUUUUUUUCUUUCUACUCUAGUCUGAUGUAUCGUUAUUACUCUAAAAAAUGUAUCCCGGAGUAUUUUCUACUCUUACGGACAUGAGGCCAACCUUCACGGGAAAAAUGUGACGACGGGGACGAACAGGUGGUGACCUUGCCUUGAACACCUGUUGACUGUUCCCUCACCCGAAUGCAUUCGCGGCAGACUGCAACUCUAUUUCCGUCCUGCUCCUAGUUCGCCGCUUAUCGAUCGACCGUCGCAGUUCCACCCUGGUAUUCCCUUAGUAUACUUUAAACAAAGUCGAAUUGAAUUAUAUAAAUAACGUUACCCGAACAUUCUUCCGUGGAAACUCUAAUCCUGGUUCGGAAUCACGGAAGGAUCUGCCGUGCGUGAAAGGAUUACUUGUAGAAACGGAGGGACGUCGUUAGGAAAUCCGUCACUUUUCAAC